AUGGAGAAGGUCCUCAUCCUCCUGCUUGUGGUCCUGGCGGUGGCCCAUGCGGCUCCUGAGCGGGGAAUCAUUAUCAACCUGGAGAAUGGCGAACUCUGCCUCAACAGUGCCCAGUGCAAGAGCGGCUGCUGCCAACACUCGAGUGCUCUGAGCCUGGCCCGCUGUGAGCCCAAGGCCAGCGAGAACAGCGAGUGCUCACCCCAGACCAUCUACGGCAUCUACUACAAGUGCCCCUGUGAGCGGGGCCUGACCUGCGAAGGGGACAGGUCCAUCGUGGGCUCCAUCACCAACACCAACUACGGCAUCUGCCUUGAUCUCUGA